GCAAAUUUGGUCGGUGCACUUCUUCAUCACAAAAUUUUUUUUUCAUAUACCGAGUUGAAAAAUUACUACUUUACUAAGCAGUUGUUGAAUAAACUGUUUAAAAUUACUCAAGAAUAGGCUUUUUGUAUAAUAGUUUGGAAUAAUGCCUAGUGAAUUAGAAGAACUUGUUACUUUUUUGCACUCUCCCCAACCAGCAGUGGUCCAAAUCGCUUUAGAUAAUUUGGUUGGUUACUCUCAAGGUACUCAACAACAAGUUUUCGCCUAUGAUAAUUAUGAAGCAAUUAAAGACUUGAAGAAGUUGUCCAAGGAAACGGGGCAAACCUUGGUGACUCAAUCUGUUACUAUUUUGGCCAAUUUAUGUGAUGACAUCACCAUGAGAAACUUGAUUGUAGAAGAUGAAGAAUACCUCAAGUUCUUAGUGCAAUCCAUUAUAAAUUUGAAGAAUACUAAUGCUGACUUGAUGUGUAUUUUAUUAACUAACUUGGCCAAGAAUGACUCUAUCAACAAAAUAUUCAAUUUCACCAUCAAGCACGAAAGUGAAGAUCAAAAGAAAAUUUUUACAUCAAAUAAGGCAAUUGACUGCUUAAUGGAUUGUUUUGUUAAAGGUAGUGAUCGUUCCUUAAAUAAGUAUGCUGAUUUCGAUUAUUUAUCUUAUUUUUUCGCCGAUAUUUCUCGUUUCCAACAAGGUAGAAGCUAUUUUAUAACAGAACAAGAAUACGAUGGCAUUGUUCCAAUUUCUAAAUUAUUAGUUUUCACUGAAUAUUAUGAUUCUAAAAUUAGAAGAGAAGGGGUUGCAUCCACUAUUAAGAAUGCUUUAUUUGAUACGAAAGCACACAUGGAGUUAAUCACCAAUGAAAAAAUCAAUCUUUUACCAUAUAUAUUAUUACCAAUUGCUGGUCCAGAAGAAGUAGACGAAGAAGACAUGUUCAACUUACCAGAUGAAUUACAAUUAUUACCUUCAGAUAAGAAAAGAGAUCCUGUCGAAGCAAUCAUCUGCACACAUUUAGAAUCUUUAUUAUUAUUAUGUACCAGUAGAGAAGUAAGAGAAUACUUAAGAGAAAAAGCUGUUUAUCCUUUAAUUAGAGAAUUACAUAAAGCCAAUGAGACUGAAAAUAUUACUGAUUUAGUCGAUAGAUUAGUUCAAAUGUUAAUGAGAGAUGAAGCCCCAAUAGAGCAAGCCGAUGAAGAAAUGGAAGACGAUAGCGAUGAUGACGCAGUAGUUGAAGUCUUGUAAAUUAGUUAAACAUAUAGAGAAAUAAAUACAUAUUUUUUUUUUU